GAGGAGGAGGAGGAGGAGGAGGAGGAGGAAGACUUGUGGCGCGGAGCAGAUCUCUCCACCAGAAGCGCAGAGCGCACAGAGCUUCUGGUUGAUUUAGAGGAUUAUGUUGGUGCGGUUCUCCAGGAGCAUUUGCCUGUUUUUGUCCUGCGCGCUGCUGGAUCCGGUGCGUUCAGCGCAGAGUCCGAUGUGUGAUCUGAUUCUGGAAAUAGACAAGGAGAGAGCCAUGUGCCAAGCUCAGGUUGAGAACAACAUCACAGGCUGCAACAUCACUUGGGACAAGAUCGCCUGCUGGCCCUCUGCCGACGUCGGAGAGGUGGUCACCAUCCCCUGCCCCAAGUAUCUCUUCUACUUCACCAGUAACGCUCUUCCUCGUAAUCUGUCAAAGACCUGCACCGUGCAGGGCUGGCCCCCCAGCAGCCUGGACUCCUACAUACUGGGCUGCGGCUACAACCCCAACAACACCGCGGAGGAGAAUUCGGGAGAUUUUUACAUCACCAUCAAAGUCGGCUACACAAUUGGUCACAGCGUUUCCCUUAUUUCUCUGAUGGUUGCCAUCUCCAUACUCUGCUUCUUUCGGAAGCUUCACUGCACAAGAAACUACAUCCACAUGCAUCUGUUUGUAUCUCUCAUCCUAAAAGCCGUCACAGUUUUUAUAAAGGACGUGGUUCUGUACGAAGUGGGCGAGACGGAAAACUGCCAGGCACCGGUGGGCUGCAAGGCGGUACUGGUCUUGUUCCAGUAUGGAGUCAUGGCGAGUUACUUCUGGCUGCUGGUGGAGGGCCUCUACCUUCAUGCUCUGUUGGCAGUCUCCUUCUUCUCAGAGAGGAAGUACUUUUGGUGGUACAUUUUGAUUGGCUGGGGGGCUCCGACCAUCUUCAUCUCUGCUUGGGUGAUUACAAAAGCGUAUUUAAAUCCUCCUGGAUGCUGGGAAACAAUCGACGACGCGUCAUGGUGGAUCAUCAAAACGCCCAUCUUAGUUGCCAUUCUUAUGAACUUUUUCCUCUUCAUUUGCAUAAUCCGGAUUCUGCGGCAGAAAAUGAACUGUCCCGACAUCGGAAGGAAGGAGUCCAACCAGUACUCGAGACUGACUAAAUCCACCCUGUUAUUAAUCCCUCUCUUUGGGAUAAACUACAUAAUAUUUGCCUUCAUCCCCGACCACAUCCACCCGCAGCUCAGGAUGGUGUUCGAUCUGGUUCUGGGCUCAUUUCAGGGCUUCGUCGUCGCGGUGCUGUACUGCUUCCUGAACGGAGAGGUGCAGUCUGAGGUUAAGCGUAAGUGGCGCAGGUGGAUGCUGCAGCGGUUCCUCGGUGCAGACACUAAGUACCAGCAGCCGUCCAUCGGGAGCAACGGCAACAAUUUCAGCACCCAGAUCACCCUGCUGACCAAAUGCAGCCCCAUCACGCGGCGGGCUUCRGCCUGCCAGGAGCACCUUUCUGCAAUCUGACCCCCUUCUGGUUUUUAUUAUCGGUUAACGAAUGUGUGACUCACACGUACUGUUGCCAUACACUGGGUGUACAGAGGCCAUGAUAAUCCUAACAUGGAUUUUCAGUUUUUUUGUUGUUGUUUUUGUUGUUGUAAUCUUAUAUGCUGGCUACGAAAAGCAACAGGUGCUCAGUGUUUUUUCUCGCCAGAGCACAAAGUCAUCUGACACCUCUGACAACACUUUCUUAUUAAUGAAAUGUAAAGAAGGUAUGGGCCUUUUCUUUUUUACUUUCAUUUUUUCCAGAUUAUGUAAAAGCAGCUACGAUCACAGAGAGAGAUUUCGCUGAACUGCAGCGCGGCUGACUACUGGCACAAGGUCACCGACUUUUCGUUCCAACGUGAAGCAAGAUUUGUAAAAGAAAGGAAGAAGGAUGUCCCUUUCUUACUUCAAAAUAAAAGCCUCGAAACAUUUAAACCUAGGAACAAGACUGUACAUAUCAAGAAUAAUUGCAAAGAGUUCUGACAAAAAAAAAAGAAAAAAAGAACUGAGAUUCAAGCUGAUUUGUUGCCUUUGCUUGACAAGCAACUUUAGACAGAUUCUGUUGUGGAGUUCAGAUCUUUUUUUUUGUCCAGUCAGAUCAACUUUCUUAUUGAGGAAUGCAAAACGGAGAGCAGGAGGGGUUUGGGCCGUGCAUGUUUGAGCCAGCAUGUGACUCAUAACACACUAGCUAUGAAGGAGUGGAUGCGGAGGCUGAAACAAGUGGUGACAAGGAUAAUAAUCGUCUUUCGAACUUAAAAGUGGCACAAAUCUACUUUUGUUCCUUUUCAGCAUGAUUGAUUUGGUUGAUUACGAGCAUUUUCAACACUCCUGGAUGCUGUUUUUGGCUGCUAACGCCCGAGUUUCCUGCACAGCUCACAUGCAGAUGACAUACAGAUCAGCUGUCAUGCACGUUGGACACUUAACAGAGUGCAUAAUCAGAGAGGGACCUGUUUUCACUACCUAUAGCUGCAUUUUAAUAUUGGCUGCUCAUUCAUUCAUACCUUGGAUCAUGUUUAAUGUGGAGUCAUGGUAAGGUGGAUACUUCAUUUGGACCCAACAUGAGUUUGUCUCCUUGGUGAUUGUUCUUGGUCAUCAUGGCAGAUGAUGCUACAGAUCAAACAAAUGGGACAAACUUAACUGAGAAAUAUUAGCAUCUUAAUAUCAUGAAUCUAAAUCGUAUUUUUCCUCUGCAAAAAUACUAAUAUCCAAGGGAAAGAAACACACAUUAGUACCAAAAGCGCCACAUUGACAGUAUCAUUAACUACUGGCUCUUUGAAUGAAUUGUGAAUUAUAAAUCGAUGAUUUAUGUUCUGAGCUUGAAUAACAAUUGUAUCUCCUAGAUAAGAUUGAUUGGAUCUCAUGACUGUGAUAAAUACGUUCUGAUAAAUCGAAAACAAGUGACAUUGCACUCGAUUAUUAAACAGUAAAUGUCUGCCUUUCAGUAUAAUCACAUUAUAUACACUUAAGCAACUCAGAGGCGGCAAAUUCUCAGCUCAGCAUGUGAAGAAGUCGUCCUGAAUUCACCUUUAAGCUAACGGAGAAGCAAUGUUGGCUUGUAAAAUGUUGAUGCAGAAGAAUAAUUUUGUUCCUAAGAUAAGUAAAACUGGACCAAAUAAUUGUAAAGAAUAAAAUCUAGUCAAUCUCAAACAGGGGCUGUCGCAGGCUAGUGAUUACAUGACUCUUAGGUGUCUGCAUUGCUCUACAAACUACCUACCAAGGAGGCAAAACGCUAAAUUGUGACUCUGUUUAGAAUCAGUCAAAAAUAGCACAGUGGGUAAGAAGUGUUUUUGCUUUGAGUGAGAUUUAAACGACUCACAUGAGAAAAAGGGAAAACAGCAGCUAUGUAUCACUAAGUAUCACUUAGUGUGAGAGUUGGCAAAAAGGCCAAGAAAAUAAGCAAGCCUGAACUCAAUGUUGACAACAGCAAUACUGGCUGCGGCGUAGCAACAUGCUAACACAAGCAGGGAGAUCUUCCUCUAGCUGCUCUGCAUUUAAAAGGAACUUAAUUAUCGUUUGCUGACUGAUCAUCCAAAGAGAAGCAAGAGGUUAGGUUUUUGUUGCAAAGGGGACAAAAUGUAUGGACAUCGGUGAUAGGACUGUUCUGACCAGGAGUCACUGAGAAGGAGGCGUCCAUAGCACAGCUAGCGUACUGGAUGUGCUUAUCCUGUCUGUGACAGUUUUAUAUGGACCAUACGCUCGGCUGAAUUACUGCCGGAUAACAUUCCAAGCUCCGGCUUGUGAAACUUUGUUCAGAUAACAGAGGCUUUUAGUUUCUGGACGGAGCAGAUGUGUAACAUCGGUGAAUGCUGAAGCCAUCUUCUGUUGUCUGGACUGCAUGCAUAAAUGGCUUAGUUGUGGUUUUUUUUGUUAAUAUUCUGUACUGUUGUUACCAUUUGUUUCCACUGACAGUUGUGUACAUUGACAUUGACAAGAUAAGUUGUCAUUUUUUUUCAUCUGUUCAUUGUUUCCAAAGGAUGAAUCUUUUUUAUAUAAAAAGAUGAAAAUGUUUUCCUCA